AUGUGUCUCGAAGAUGACUAUUUGAAAGUUUUAGAAGCACAGCGAAAAAACUUUGAAGCUCAAUUCUCUUCUCUCGAGGAGAUGGGGUUUAAGGACAUGCUGAAGCUGACGCUUAAAAAUAAAACAGAUAAUGCUUUGGAUGAAGUUUCGGAAUCUCCGAGCGAAUUCGAAGGUUUCAGUGAUAGUGAUGGAACCGAAAACUUGCUGAAGAAACAAGAAAAUCACUUAGCUGAGCAUACGAUUGUGAACAAAUCAGAAGAAACUGCACCAAAAGUUGUGAAAUUGAUUGAAGAUUCCACAGUAAAACCUCUUAUGUCCAAAGCAGAACAGAAGAUAUUGAAACUUGGAAGGGCUCCCACACUAACUGAGAUGCUGAGGAAACAAAGAGAAGUGAUGAAGUUGACAAAAAAGCAACAAGAACAAGCGAACAAGGAAGAUGACGAUAAUCUUGAGAAUGAUCUUAAGUUACAGAGAUUGCUUGAAGAAUCGCAUAUUCUAGCAAAUAAAGUAGAAUACUCAGGGGCUGACUUAACUUUGAAAACCAUAGAUAUAGAAGAACCAACCGGUAAAGCACGAAAAAGAGCACUUGAUUCCAGAAUUCGAAAAAUUGCAGCAACAAACUCUAAAACAGGAGGAUUACCUAAAACAUUAGAAUCGAUGCCUAUGACCAUGAGAAAGGGUAUGAUUGAUAGUAAACGAAAAAAAGCUGAAAGAUACGAGAAUGAAGCUAGAAAUGCUGGAAUUGUAUUAUCUAAGAUAAAAAAGGGUCAGAUAAGAAAUAUUAAUGCUGGAAAGGGAUCAACUAUGGACAGCGACAGGCUAGGGACGGUUUCAAAUAAAGCAAAGAGGAUACGUAAUAGAGGUCUCAAGAUUAACACUGUAGGUAAAUCGACGAAGAGGGGUUUGGUGAUAUCGCAAAAAGAAAUUGACAAAAUAAACGGGACAUUCAAAAAAGAAAAAAAUAGAAAGCGCAGAUAA